AUGUCAAUUUUUGAUUUUGAUGUUUUGAAAAAUGUGAGACCCGAGGAGCGGUAUCUGUUAAAGUCAAAGCCUGAGCCUGAGCCUGAAGUCAACUGGAAGAUUGUCUCUUCGUGGCUGCAUGAGUGUCGCAGCAACCAUGAGCACCUCGUCUAUGCAAACCAAGUGACAAACUUCCGGAUCAUCGAUACUGUGAGAGGAUGCGUAGUCAUGGCCCCUGCAUCUUGUGAGUAUGCAGCAUUAAGCUAUGUAUGGGGCAAGGCAACAGAGAACGAUAUGGCAGCAACAACAGCAACCAUCAACAAGCUUGAAGCAGAUGGCUUCCUUUUCCAGCAUCCCCAACCUAUGACAAUCCAAGAUGCUAUAACAGCAUGUGGAAAACUAGGCAUCCGCUAUCUCUGGAUCGAUAGACUCUGUAUCAUACAAGAUUCAGAGGAGAAGUUGGCUCAGAUUAAUGCAAUGGAUGCUAUAUACAGCCGGUCUACUGUCACACUAGUUACAUUGGCAGGUACAGAUGCCAACCAUGGUCUUCCUGGCGUUUCUAAAAAACGAUAUAAAUGGCCAGUCCUGCAGACUCAUCGCUUAGGCAUUGCCAAAUCGCGGGUGACGUACAAUGACGCACUGGCAUAUUCUAAAUGGAACACUCGCGGCUGGACCUUUCAAGAGGCUAUUCUCUCCCCUCGCCUUCUAUGCUUUUCAGACUAUGGGGUCUUCUUUGAAUGCUGUCAUGAUUCAGACACAGAAAAUGAAAUCGAAUCCCUACACCCAGACGCUACAGAUACUUAUAGCACAUUUUCGGAUGAAGCAGCUCAUUCUGUCCACUCUGAUGUUACCGACCUUGUGGCGGAUUACACGGGACGAUACCUCACGUAUGGAACAGACAUUUUACAUGCAAUCUCCGGGGUGCUCAACGCCAAGUGCGGGCCAUACCACCAUUUCGGUCUAUCGCUCCAUGGCAUUGACUUUAACAAGAUGAUCUGCUGGGGAAAGCCCCACGGCUGGACACCCAGAGUUCAACCCAGAGAUGGCAUCUUUCCGUCAUGGUCCUGGUGUUCAGAAGAGGGGGAUGUGGUUUACUGGCUUACAUCUGAGCAAAUUGCAGCACCAUUUGCACUAUGGGCCCUUGUCGCUACCGAAUCGGAGGGGCAUCCAUUGCGGAUUUUCCAAUAUGAAAACCGCGAUGGAUGGCGGUCCUGGGACGAUUAUUGUGCCCAGGGAGGUGCAUUGGCAAUGCUUUAUGCGUGGCGGGAGGGAUGCUAUCCGGGGAAACUGCCACCUGCGCUCAACUUGCACGGUACAUGGACGCAGAUCAGAGACCACCUGGUGUCUGCAAUGUCAUUCUAUGACUUGUGCAAGGCAGCCCAUGGACUAGGGGAUGAUAGAACAAACCGAUACUUUCCAUCUUCUGCUAUUAGCCUUGCGUCUCAAUCCGGGCGUCUUCUGCUUUAUACCCAGUUCAUUCGACUCCCAUUAAGCAUACUAGACGAGGACCGCGAGUUCGAAUUUUGGCUUUUUAAUGCCGAGGGCCAUCGUAUAGUCUUUGUCGAGGCGUCUUACGCGAAUGUGGCCAGGCUGGAAGAAAUAUCUUUGCUGGAACCAAGCCCUGAUAUCCACGUCAUUGCCAUGUCUCUCGGCUUCGUUGAACAUUAUCCGAGAUACCGAUUUGUUAAGCAUUCGAUCUAUUCCCAUGAUUCGAAUGGAAGACGUUUAACUUGGGAUACGGACCAGCGUAAAUUCCGGGGUUAUGUUACUGGCAACCAAUAUGUGUAUGCAUUUGUGGUCAAUGUGAUGCUUGUUGAGAUAAAAGAUGGCAUUUGCAAGCGAGUUGGCAUUGGGGAAGUCUACCUCAGCAGGUGGAUCAAGGAGAAGCCGGAAUUUGGGACUUUUGUUCUGGAAUAA